AUGGAGGCUGCGCAAGAGCAGAUGGAGAAGCUGAGCACGAUUGUAGCUCGAGAAGGGCAAACUGCACUUCCCGUGGAGCAGCGCGGCCUCUGCCUCCUCUCGCUAGACGGAGGGGGUGUCAGAGGGCUGUCGGCCCUCCUAAUACCGAAAGCUUUGAUGCAGCGCAUAAACGUAGCAUAUCCACCAGAGCAUCCUCGUCUGAAGCCAUGCGAUAUUUUCGAUCUUAUAGGUGGAACGAGCACAGGCGGGCAUGUGGAGGAUGUUUUUAAGUCGAAGAAGCUUCCUGUCCACAUAGGUCCUCUCAAAUUUGGCAAUGUCAAACCGCAGUUCAGCUCUCAGGUUCUCAAAACGAAAAUACUCGAGAUUCUUACGCAUUAUGGGCACAACGAAAAGACGCCAUUCGCAGAUACCCGUGAAAGACGCUGCAAAGUUUUUGUGUGCACCGUUGCUAAGGAGAACAAAGACAUAUUUGUUGACGGCGGCCUGGGCACGAACAAUCCCGUAAACCAGAUUUGGAAUGAGGCGCGAGAUAUAUGGGCCCCAAAAGAUGGAAAUUUGCAGUCAUUGAUCAAAUGCUUCGUUUCUAUUGGCACUGGGAAGCCCGGGGACAAGCCGAUCGCAGACAGUGCUUGGAAAUUCCUCUCCGAGACCCUCAAAGAGAUAUCGACGGAAACGGAAAAGACAGCUAAGAUGUUUGUCGACACCCACCGUAGUCUUUACGAGGGCAAAAGGUAUUUCCGUUUUAACGUGGAACAGGGCCUUCAAGGCCUCGGCAUGGAGGAUCACAAGAACAAGGCCAAAAUUGCGGCAGCGACAAACUCGUAUCUGGACUGGCAGGAAAUCAAGAUUGCAGUAAGGGAGAGCGCUCUGAACCUUCGACAGGAGCAGCGACUCCCUCGAGGAAAAGACCUUGCAGAAUCACAACUCACGUUCCGUGUCGAUUUUGAGCUUUCUGUUCCUGUCACAAAUAAUUUCGUUGGAUGGCAAAUGGAGCUCGCAGAUAUGAAGCAAAAGCUCCUCGACAAAAAAUCCUUGGGACAGAGAAUUUACGUUCUCCAUGGGCUUGGUGGGAUCGGUAAGACUCAACUCGCUGUGAAUUACAUGCUGGACACGAAGGAUGAGUACUCAUCAAUGUUCUGGUUGAAUGCCAACACGGAAAGCUCUCUCAUUGACAACCUUAUCAAAGUCGGAAAGUCGAUCCCUGGUUUCACUACAUCUCAUGCCGAACAAGGUGACCGAAAAAAAGAGGCAGCAGAAGUUCUCAAAUGGUUCCGUCAGUCAGGAAACUCAAGGUGGCUGCUGGUAUAUGAUAAUCUUGACCAUUUCUCCGACCCAAGGUCUAAAUCCAAGGAGGCUGACCCAGAAGCAUUCGACUUUCGAGACUGGCUACCAAAUGGGUCUCAUGGGUCCAUACUAAUUACCACAAGAUUAAGUUAUCUUGGGCAGUUAGCAUUCGCUAGUCACCUGGAGAAAAUUUCUUUCCAACACAGCUGGGCUUUGCUUCGAUCAUUCUGCCGGACAAUGCAGCAGAUUGCCGCGCCACGAAACCCUGCUGACGAUAUCCCUGAAGAACUGGAGGGAGCUGCGAAAGUUCUCGAGAAACUUGACGGUUUACCCCUCGCAAUUGUACAGGCUGGUGCAUACAUGCAACAAACUGGAACAUCGUUUGAGGAUUACCUGAGUGACUACGAGAAGUCUUGGAAAGAUUUAUCCGAGCAAGUACCAGUUUUCCUGACGUAUGAAAACGGGCCAGUCCACGCCUCCUUCAUGAUUUCUUACAGACACGUGCAGAGACUCAACAUGUCGGCCGCGCAAAUUCUGCAACUCUGGGGAUGCCUCGACAACAAAGAUAUCUGGUAUGGCCUAUUCGAGUCGGCUGCGGCUUCUGAACACUUACCAGACCCCCUGAGAAUUGCGACGCAAAGUCGGCUAGCCUUCAACGGAACUAUGGGUGUUCUUCAAGAAUUCUCGUUGGUAAAUGUUGUGACGAGAGGUCAAAAAAGUACUUACAGCGUGCAUCCAGUUGUCCAUGCAUGGUCAUUAGACUAUUUGAAUGCGGAAUGCAACGAUGAAAUACUUUGGGCAGCUAUGACAGUCGUUGGAUGUUUUCUAACGUCUCAGGCUGAGGCUGCUCAGCACGAUAAUACCAAGGAGCGUGGCGAUAUUGAGAAUGAGAUGCGCAGUCGAAUAUCCCCACAUGCUUCAAGGUGCAAUUUGGUCAUGCUUUCACGGCCCUUCAACCGUGCAAGUUCCUCCUGGGAAACAGGAGAAAAAUCAUGGAAGUGCAAAGCUGCUCUCAAAGUUGCCGCAUUCCGCGAGGGCUAUUCGUUCCAGAACGACGAAAAUGCAGAUUCGCUCUUGCGUUGGAUUCUUAGCACAGCGAAGGCCGACAACACUGUUCAUAUAAACGUCGCACUCGUCGAAGCGAUACUUUCCAUAUCCGAUAUCGCGACUAAGACACUGGGAGCGGAGACGGUUCAUUCUAUACGAGUAGGAAAGCCAGCACCAAGCGAUCGCGUGGACUACAUCGGUGCACUUAUCGAUGAGGGAGGAAAGAGAAUUAUUGAUCGAAACCAUCCAGAUGUCCAGCGUGUCUUGAAAAGGAAGGAUGCAUUUUUCACCAUUAUGACCAAUGAAGUUGGUUCAAGCUUUCUCCUACAAACUAUGGCACAACAAGGAUACUCGCAGAUCGCCCUGGAGCGGUAUGAUGAGGCAGCAAAGAUCCUCAUUGAGAUUGCGAGCGUCUGGGGCUCAGGGUCCGAAGACAGAGAAGAAUAUCACACCCGGAUAGGUGACUUUGUUUCCAGAAGUUGUGAACCAAACAGCGCCGUGAAACAACUCGAGAAGAAGAGGGAAGAGUACAAUCUUCGUCAAGCAGAGGAGUUCUUGGCGUUACUUCUUGGCGGAUCCGAGUGA